CUUCGAGGAGGCCCGCAGACCCGCAGCAGCCAUGUCGGAAACGGCUCCCGAGGCUCCAGCCCCCGCCGCCCCCGCCGCCAAGGCGCCGGCCAAGAAAGCGGCCAAGAAGGCCGCCGCCAAGCCGCGCAAGGCCUCGGGCCCCAGCGUCACCGAGCUGCUCACCAAGGCCGUGGCCGCCUCCAAGGAGCGCAACGGGGUGUCGCUGGCCGCCCUCAAGAAGGCGCUGGCGGCCGCCGGCUACGACGUGGAGAAGAACAACAGCCGCAUCAAGCUGGGCCUCAAGAGCCUGGUGAGCAAAGGCACGCUGGUGCAGACCAAGGGCACGGGCGCCUCGGGCUCCUUCAAGCUCAACAAGAAGCAGGCCGACGGCAAGGACAAGGGCGCCAAGAAGAAGGCGCCCGCCAAAGUCAAGAAGGCGCCCGCCAAGAAGCCCGCCGCCGCCGCCGCCAAGAAGCCCAAGAAGGCGGCCGGCGUCAAGAAGAGCCCCAAGAAGGCGCCCCGCAAGCCUGCCGCCGCCGCCAAGAAGGCGCCCGCCAAGAGCCCCAAGAAGCCCAAGCCCGCCGCCAAGCCCAAGAAGGCCCCCGCCAAGAGCCCGGCCAAGGCCAAGGCCGUCAAGGCCAAGCCCAAAGCCGCCAAGCCCAAGACCCCCAAGGCCAAGACGGCCAAGCCCAAGAAGGCGGCGCCCAAGAAGAAGUGAACACGCCCGCCCGCCCCGCGCCGCACUCAGCCCAAAGGCUCUUUUCAGAGCCACCCACAGCCGCCCAGAAAGAGCCGAGUCCCU